AUGGCAGGCGCAUCCUGUAAAGCGCGCCUUCUGGCCCUAUUAAAUGCCACAGGCGAGCCCUUGAAACCAGGAAAAGGACUUAAGCGGCGUCCUGCGGGAGACCCAGCGUUGUUUUCCAUCCCCGUUUUCCUGCUGUGCACUUGCGUGUCUCUCUUGGAGGGCUUGAGGAGGCCAAGCCCAACAUUCUUUGAAAGAGCCGAUAAGUCCGAUUCCUGGAAGCAUUUUGGCUUCCUGCGCGUGUUCGGUUAUUCGCCCAGUGCACUUGAAGUUGCCCUCAUUCGGCGAGGAACUGAGCGGGUGAACAUGCGAUCCACUGCCUCGCCUGCCGUACUGUUACUGGUGCUCUUGCACAGCUGGGAAGCUCCACAGGCGAGGGCGGCUGUAGCACCACAGGAUGCAGUGACUACGAGUGUGGAGCAGUUGGCCGAGGUGAAACCUCAAGGGGGUGGAUCGUCGCUCGGUGUUGGGCAUGAUGCUGAAGGUGCGCUACAGGGUAGCCCGGACGGGAUGCCGUCGGAUGAUGGGGUGCAUAAGGCGGACUUUCGGCCUGGCGUGCGGGGUCGGAAGUCCGUGCUGACGGCUCUGUUGCUUAUUGCGGGGUAUUUGCUGGCUCAUAUUAUGAGCGAUGAACGGGGGCCCUCUGCGCUGCUUGAUCCCGGGCUGUUGAACAAGCGUGAAAACGCUCACCUUGCGAGUGCCGCGGCUGUAACAGGACUGCUGCUCUCUGGACUGGGUGAACUGCUGCAGUCUUUCUUGUUGAGGCGUCAGCGGCAUCUGAAUUUGCCCCAACGGAGAAGAGGAAUGCUUCAGAUGGUCUUGGCAGGGUUUUUGUACUUGUCGUGCAUUGGUGCUGUCCUUCACUUGGGGCCAUUUAUGGCAGACAGCGCGUUUCUAGUCCAAUUCGUCAGUUUCGCAGCUGCAGGGCUCUUCUUUUGGGGCGGUGCUCUGUACUUCGAUCCUUUCGGACUGGUCAAUUAG